AUGACAUACUCCUAGUAGUAUCAUAGUACAGUAUCAACACUCGUACACCUAACACUGCUCGUGUCACACCAUGCUGGCGACCCCGCCCGUCGUGUUCGCUCGCUCGCGCCCCUCCUGCGCCCCUCUCUCCUCUAUCUCUCUCUUUCCUCGAGACGAAUCAUCAUCUCGUCGAGCUCUCUCCUCCCCACCCCCGCUUCUGGUUUCUUCCACUCCCACGCGCGAAUGCCACUCUCGUUUCGCCUCUUCGCGAUGCGAAUACGGCAUUGGUCGUUUCACCCUGACGAAUAUCCGUCGCUCCUCGUUGAUCGCCUCCGGGAAUUGUAACCCAAGCACUGCUCGACGAAACUGGAUUCGCACAAGUGGCGCUCACACUACCAGCAGUAGUAUGAACGAAUCGAUUCAUGCCUUUAUCGGAGCCAUGCGCGUGGGGAGACCUCCAAUCCCAACCCUGCUGAACGCGAUCCGCGCAUCAAGCCAGGCGCUCCCAUUCUCACGAUGCACCGCACUUGCCGCCGCGAAUGGCGCUGCCACAGGACGUUUCUUAGCUUCAGCAUCAUCUCCUUCAAAGCGGACUGUCAACGGCGCGAGCAGCAGGAAAGCGAAGUUUACAGCUUGCGAGGCAAAAUGGACUGUCGCCGCCGCAACUGGCGCUCCAGCACUAGGCAGCAGCAGCUCGUUAAGCGGCUCCGAGAGAGAUCUAUCCGCCACUACCAAAUCUGCUGACAGCGGGAACUCGUUGCAGGGAGCAGCGCCCCUGCGGGUGGCAGUGGUGGGAGCAGGCUUUGCGGGAGUGGCGACGGCUUGGCAUGUGCUGCAGCACACGAGCAGGGAGAGGCCCGUGCAGGUGACGCUGGUGGACGCCCAGGGCAUUGGGGCGGGUGCGUCUGGCGUGUCAGGGGGGCUCCUCCAUGCCUUCUCGCCGAAAGGUCGGCUGUUGUGGAGGGGCGAGGAAGGGUGGCAGUGCACUCUUGAGCUACUGGCAGUGGCGGAGGGGGAGCUGAGGCGGAGGGUGAGGGGGGAGGGGGAGGGGGAGGGGGAGGGGGGAGGCGGGGAGGGGAGCAGAGCGUGGUGGGAGGAAGGCGAGGAUGAGGUGGAGGAGUGGGGAGAGCACGGGUCUCAGCGGCCACUUAUCCUGCGGAGAGGGGCGCUCAGACUACCGGAGAAGCCAAGCCACUCACGAGACUUUCUCCAGCAUGGAGGUCCCAUGGUCCCAUGGCAAGGGCAGCACCCCAUGGGCAUGACAGCAACGGAGAGCAACGCAGCAACCGAUGCCGCAGUAGGGAUAGUAGCCGACAGCAGCGGGGAUGAUCCAGUGUGCACAUCUCCCCACCCCGAACCACAUCUCUCGCCACCACUGCCAUCCCUCUCCUCCUCCCCCUCCUCCUCCCCCUCCUCUUCUCCCCUCGCACCACUCUGUCUGUCUGCUUCCUCCGCUCUCUCCCUCUUCCCCCCUCACCUGCAACCCUCACUGCCCGACACCAACCAUUCUGACGCCCACCCCUGCUGUGCGCUGCUCGUGCCUCAAGCCCUCACCAUCCAGCCUCGUAUCUACCUCAAGUCCCUGUGGGCUGCGUGUGUCCGCUUCGCCCAAGAGGCAGCAGCCGGCAGCAGUCCAGGCACCCGUGCUCGCCUGGUGCUGCACUCGCUGCGCUCCUUGGCCGACCUCGCUUCUCUGCCUGACACGACCUGUGGGGCCUCUCACAGUCAAAGUCACGAGACUAUUCAGGAUUACAGCAGCACCAACAGCAGCACCAGCAGCACUGGCAGCAGCAGCAGCAGUGGGUGCAGCGAAAGCCAAGGUUUCCCCUUUGACGUUGUGUUUGUGUGUCUGGGUGCUCACUCACUCAAUCUCCCAGAAAUCGCUCCUCACCUCUCCUCCCUCUCACUCUCCCGAGGCCACAUCCUUCACCUCUCCCCUCCUCCCUCUCCCCACCCUCCUCCCUCCUCUCCUUCCUCCGCGCACCCCCCUGCAUCCCUCUCCACCCCUCCGCUGUACCCAGCAUCAGCCCCUAGCCUGCUGGGAUCCACAUGGGUGUCUGCGCGCGCCCCUCACCGCAUUGUCGUUGGCGCCACCAACCACAACAUGCCGCAUCCCCCCCUGCCUCCUCUGCCAUCUCUGCCCCAAGGACCAUCUCGUUUGAUGCCCCAUUCACCCAGGAACGACAGCGGCAGCAGCAGCAGCAGUAACUACAUCAGCAAUCACAGUAGUAGCAAUGACACUGCUGUGCCGUCCAUUCCAGAUCCUCCCCUCCCUCACACCACCACCACCACUCCCUCCUCCACCCCAUUCUCACCCUUCCCCCCUCCUCCUCAAGAUGAAAUUGCUGCAGCCUCAACCACCCUUCUCUCCUCCCUCACCUCGCUCCUCCCCGCUCUUUCCUCCUGGGAAAUAGUGCGGAGGGUGACAGGGAUUAGGGCGAUGCCCCCUAGAUCAUCCCUAGGACGGGUGCCCCUAGUGGGCCGAGUGGAAGGGCUGACGCUAGGGGUGCUGGUGGGGAAAGGGAUCGGGUUGAGAAUCGGAGGGGGCAAGGAGGCGGGAGGGGGCAGUCAAGGGGAAGGAGAGCAGGGUGACAGUGUUAGUGGAGGUGGCAACGCCGGUAAUAGUGGUGGUGGUAGUGGUGGUGGCAACGCCCACAAUGGUGAGAUUCAUGGCGGUGGAGAUGGUAAUGAUACUGCUGCUGCUGCUGCUGCUGCUGGUGCUACACUGGGCCCUUCAGUGUGGGUGGUGGGCGGCCUUGGCUCCCGUGGUCUGAUCUACCAUGCAUGGGUGGCAAAGCACGUGGCAGCAGCAGCAGUGAGGGAUGAUGAGCAUUUGCUGCCACGUGAGCUGCUGUGGUGGAAACAGCAGGGAGGGAGGAGGGGGGGUGGAAGGGAAGGGAGGAGGGGAAAAAGAAAGGAGGAAGAGAAAGUGAGAGAAGGAUUGCACAGAGGUCAGGGAUGAUGAGCAGUUGCUGCCUCGAGAGCUGCUGUGGUGGAAACAGCAGGGAGGGAGGAGGACGGGGGGUGGAAGGGAAGGGGCAUGCGUGUUGGGGAUUUGGAGCAUGUUAUGCGUCUGAUGUCACGCAUGCCAGUCUGUGUGUCCCUUCCCUUCCCUGCCAUGUUCACACAGCUCUAGCCCUCAGUCUGGACUGGAAUCAAUAUUCAGGAGUUCAUUCCUGCCAUGAGAAUCCUCAUCCUGUCUGCCUGGCACACCUACCCAAAUUGCCAGGAAGCUCUGAGACUGGGACUCAGUGUGCUUCGAUGCUGACUCACUCUCUCUCUCUCUCUCUCUCUCUCUCUCUCUCUCUCACUCACCAACUGCAAGUUCCGGUUCGGGUACAGUAACUAACCACCUUCAUUCAUGCCGUACCUUCCUACCGGUAUGUUCAUUCCACUAGUCUUCCCUUACUGCUGUGCUGUGUCCCUCCAGUGCGUCUCUGGUGCAAUACUGGUACCAUACCAUUCAUCUUGCAGUCAUCAUCAACAGUACGUACAUGCUCUCUGUGCACCUCUCCUUGCUUGUUGGUUCCCUACCCUAUCACGUGGUACCCUAGCUCUUUGCUGACAUCGAUUUGCAUUGCACACAAAAUCAUAUCAGACUCCAGCAAUACCAGAACUAUCCCAAUUGGGGGCCUAAGAGGCAAGUCUGAUAACGUACUGUAGGAAUGCGUUGAUCCCCCCU